AUCCUUAUGAGAGGAGAGGGGAAACUAUUAAGGCAUCCCUUGCAGUAGUAAGAUUCUAAUAUUGUCACAAAGGGCAGCUGACAGGCUGCGCCUCCUGUAAUUUUAGCGCACACUGAUGCAGGAGAUAGAUUUAACGGGCAAUGGUUGGCAAGCACCCCCCUCCUAAAGACGCAGGGAGACUGAGAGAGGAGAGAGAGGGGUGUUGAGGGCAGUAGGCAAGAGAGAGUCAGAGAGAGUGAGAGUGGAGUCGUUUUGCUGUGGCUCCUCAGUAAACCCAAGUUAGAGACAGACAGGGCAUUGUAUUGACAGCAGCAUGAUCCUUAUCACAUUUGGACUCUAUCUUCCACUAUUGUUUUGUUAUGUCUUGUCUCAGUCCUCUUUCCUGGACAAUAUUCUUUCAUUCCCAGCAGCUCUCCAACAACAACCUGCCUUGGACCAGCAGAGGAAAUUCAACCCCUGCUGUUUACUGAGUCCACCCCCACCCCCCCUGUUCCCUCCUCCUCCCUCACUGUGGCACCGCGGUGGUCAUAAUGAGGAGUCCAGUAAGGGGGGAAAUCACAGAGAAGAUCCAGAUACAGGGACGGAGCUGAAAGGUCCCAGCUGUGUCGCAGGCCCCCCUGGCCCCAGCGGACCCCCCGGUCCUCAGGGUCCAGCUGGGCUACCAGGUCUGAAGGGACCAAAAGGUGAAAAGGGAGAACUGGGACGACCUGGACAAAAGGGUCGGACGGGUCCUCCAGGUCUCACGGGGCGCCAGGGACCAGCCGGGUGGCCAGGACCAAAUGGGCCCAAGGGGGAGAAGGGAGAUGGUGGAUUGAUGGGAAUACCUGGAGCAAGAGGACCUCUUGGACCUAAGGGUUUACCUGGAUACAAAGGAGAAAAGGGUUCCCGUGGUGACCGUAGUGAGAGCGGGAUGAAGGGAGACAAGGGCACAAUGGGCUUCCCUGGAAUGCUUGGACAGAAAGGUGAAAUGGGUCCAAAGGGAGAACCUGGAAUCUCAGGGAAUAGAGGACCGACGGGCAGACCAGGGAAGAGGGGCAAACAGGGAGGGAAGGGCGACAAUGGGAUUAUCGGCCCUCUAGGUCCAGCAGGUCCUCAGGGGCCCCCAGGCCACCCUGGUCCCCCAGGUCUCCCAGCCUCAGGACUCUACGUGGUUGGAACGAAAGGUGAGAGGGGGCUACCAGGUCUUCCUGGACCUUGCAGCUGUAACUCCAUUAGUGUCAAGAGUCCACAGUUUGAUGAACAUAGUUCCAGGAGCGACUACGCCAAAGUGCCAGCGAUAUUUGUGGUAAACAAUCAAGAAGAACUAGAUCGUCUUCAUACGGACAAUGCCCUAGCCUUCCGGAAAGACCAGAGAUCGCUUUACUUCAAAGACACCAACGGAUGGCUGCCCAUUCAGCUGACGCCUUUCCAGUCUACGGAGAAUGCUCCGGAACAGGAGGGUUACUGUGGCGACGGGAUCGUUCAGAUUCCCAACGGGGAGGAAUGUGACGACGGGAAUAGGAUUGUCACCGACGGCUGCGUCAAGUGUAAACAUGCUUACUGUGGAGAUGGUUAUCGCUAUGACGGUGCCGAGGAAUGUGAUGGAAAGGACUUUGGCUAUCAGACAUGCAACUCAUAUCUCCCAGGGUCUUAUGGUCGUCUCAGAUGCACUCCGUACUGUGUCAUUGACUCUACAAACUGCAAGUAUUUCACAUGAGGAGGAACCUGGACACAGCAGUGGGAUGCUUCUUGUCUUGUUUGCUUUGGUACUGAACAGGAUGACGGUAAUGCAAAAAAAAGAUCAACAACAACACUGCAAACAAGAGACUCAAAAAGGAAGUGUUGACAAACUGGACUAAACCUGACAAAAUAACUAAAACUACACACACUAACUCUGUUGUAUCGCUGCUGAAGCCAUGUAGCUCCCGAGGAGGGGGGCCGGGGCCAGUAAAAUGCCCCCUCAUCCAUUCGCACUGGACAAUUUCACUUUGUCUUAAAUAAAACUCAACCCAAGACUGAAGAGGUUCUGCCCACCUGAUAGGACCAGCCGCUGAAUGAGAGGCGGUCAAAUGAGAGACAGCCAGGAAGUGAGAGACAGCCAAUGGGAAAGCUCUGAGAAAGUGAGCGACUCGUGGGUGGAGCCGGAAGCCAUAUUUACCUCGACGUAGCACUGUUAAAGAAAAGAGAACCAGGUCUGAACAAUCAGAAGCAGGGUGCUGUGUAUUUUACUGCAACGUCAAUGACGUCAUGUACUGUAGCAGUUGCAUGAGGCUGAAAUUGCUGUGUGACCAUGGCCACAGAUGUCACUACCUGGGCAUUUAACCAAUCACAAUACUUACUAUCGUUGUCAUGAGCUUCGUACUGUGUAUAUAUAGUAGGUAUACGUCUCCAAUUGUACGUAGGGAGUAUAUUGUAUGUCAUAAUUUUACUAAUCAGGACAGGAGGGGCAUGUUAUAAUAAUACAGUAUUCAGGAGGAUUCUGAGAGCCUUGGUCAGUCUGUACUGAAGAGGCAGAUCUUAAGCCUUGGUCAGUCUGUACUGAAUUUGGCAGAUCUUAAGCCUUGGUCAGUCUGUACUGAAGAGGCAGAUCUUAAGCCUUGGUCAGAUCCUCUUCAGAAGAACAGUAAAGCUAUGUACUGUACAGUAGUAGCAUUUAGCCAAGAUGGCUGCCUGUGGAAAUAGCAGCCAAGCUGAUAGACCGGGAACCCUCACCUUCUGGUAGAACUGAACAGUGGACUAGUCCCAAAUGACACCCUAUUCCCUAUGUAGUGCACUACUUUUGACUAGAGUCCAAUGGGCCCUGGUUAAAAGUAGUGCACUAUAUAGGGGAUAGUGUGCCAUUUGGACAGCCAGGCCCGUGAGCUCUAUUAGCUUUUGAUGGCACUGUACUGUAGUUGAAGAGGGCCGUUCAGAAUCUGGACAUUGUGGACAAGGUCAGCUUUGCUUUAGUUUAGAUUGACAUUUCCACGGUUUAACUCAGGAACCACUAACAAAAUGUAGCUUGCGGUUUUCAGAGAAAUCCUCCCUCAUAUCCACUGUAGAACACAGAUGAGAUCACCGAGUCUGUGCUGCACACUGACUGUUACACUAUCCCUCUUCUCACUCAGAAGUGCUUACUGUACACGUUGAUGACUCAUGCCAUCAGUCCUCUAGGUAAAGAGGAGGACCAGUGAACUACUGUCUGCAGGGAGAUAUGACACGUGAAGGCUGGCAAACGGUUAUUAUGACUGCUACUACUACAUGUUCUUAAAUCAUUUCCUCAUUGCAGAACAGGAAGCGUUUUUAGCUGCUAUUUGGUAGGAAGUGAAUUCCGAUAGUUAGGGUGGGAAACCUUAUGACAGUCUAUGGUGCAUCAGCUCUGGACAUCUUUCUGUCUGGUAUUUAUAGCAGACAAAUAACUGGAGCAGAACUACUGCACCACUCAGUGGAGAACUGAACACUAUAGUUGUAGUCUGCAUUACUUCCUGUAUUCCCUCAGUAGUUUAAGAGAACAUUUCAGGAUAAGCUGUUCUUUACCACAAGCUAUAGGUCGCCGUGCCAACGGAGGCCAACCUUUAACCUCACCCACACUUAGGAAAAUAUUGUUGCUCAUGUAAAAGUGGAUGUAUGAAAAUAUGUAAUUUCAAGACUGUUCUAAAUGUUACAUCUGCAUGUUAGUGGUACUGUAACUUACAAGUUGAACCCAUUUGCCAAAGGAGGCUGUGAAUGAAGCCUACAUGCUGUAAGUAAAUAUUAGUCAACUCUCGACAAGGUAUAUGCUUUUAAAGAAAUAUUGAUGGUUCUUGCUAAUGUAACUGUAUAACUGUAAUGACUGAAUAUUAUGUCAACUUUUAUAUGACAGGUAUAACUGUAUUAUCCAUUGCACCGUGUAUAAACACAUUACAUAUCCAUUUGUUUGGCUAAUAUGAGUGUACUGUAUGCUGUAGGUACACUGGUAGCAUGUGGUAACAUUACACAAUGCUUGGUGGUGGUGAAUGCGCUCGCAAAUCAGGAUUUCACAACUCCUCUGAUUUCAUAAUUAAGACAUGUUUGACACAGACAUGUUUGACACAGUCAUGCAUUAUUGAGAACAAAAUAAAGAUGAGAAAA